AUAAAAAACGGCUUUUCUGAACGUAAUUGUAAUUUGUGCACUAAUAAACGUGAUUCGUUUGUGACAUAUGAAGUAGGGUAAAAGUCCAGCUCUUGAAGGGCAAGCAAAACUUCUAAGCUUUCUUUUUUGGAAAACACCGCUACAAAUAAUUUCCUUGUUCAACGGUCAUGGAGGAACAUCAUACUCCUAAGAAAAAGUCUCACACCAUGGAAAACGAUCCCAUCUUCAAAACUUUAGAGAAACUCACUGCACCAGCGAGCAACAGUCCAAAGGUACCUAGCAUUAAAGAUUUCUGUAUCCUAAAACCUAUAAGCCGUGGUGCAUUCGGAAAGGUAUUUCUGGGCUACAAAAAUAAUGACCAAAACAAGCUGUUUGCCAUUAAGGUUAUGCGAAAAUCAGAGAUGAUCAACAAAAACAUGAUUUCUCAAGUCAUAACGGAACGCAAUGCUUUGGCACUUUCCCGUAGCCCAUUUUGUGUAACAUUGUUUUACUCGCUACAGUCGAUAUCGUCUGUGUUCCUCGUCAUGGAAUAUAUGGUGGGCGGCGAUUUAAAAUCUCUGCUGGCUAUGUACGGAUUUUUCGAGGAAUCUGCAGCCCGUUUUUAUGCGGCCGAGAUUUGCUUAGCACUCCAGUACUUGCACAAACACGGCAUCGUGCAUCGUGACAUCAAACCGGACAAUAUGCUCAUCUCGGCUAACGGGCAUGUAAAAUUGACGGACUUUGGUCUCAGUCGUAUCGAGAUGAGUCGCGAUUUGGAAAUUUCGGAUCUGAUAAAUUGUUCGCCGAAUUUAAACGCUAGAACACCAGGGCAAUUGCUCUCACUUACAUCGCAUCUGUCGUUCGGAUCGCACGAAAAGCGUCAGCGGGAGCAAGUCGAUAAGGAACAAUUGCAGCGAUCAUCCGAGAAUGAAUCGGAAUGUUCGUUUUCAAACUCACGACAGAACGACAGCAAAAUGUCCGGUGUAAGUCCUUUCUUUUCAGCGGAGCAGAACGCCAGCAUGAUUGAGAGUGUGAGGGGUACCCACGAAUCAUUUAGUGACCGAGCGUCGGACGUGACUUCAUCGUACUACACAUGCAGCUCUAGUAUUGAGAGUAAUGGUAGCAGGAAAGAGGACAAAUCCAUUAGCAACAAAGAGAAUUUCGAAACCAACAAUAAACGGGCAAAUCCAAAAAAGAUUGGUAAGGAAAUGAAGGAUUCGUUUGAGUUUUUAGCGGCUCCUGGUCAAAGAUUUAAAACUGCUAUUAGUAACGAUUCGGGCGUUUCAAGUCGCAAGAGCGAUAUAUCAAAUAUUCCUGCUGAAUUAUCGUCAAUUGAGAAGGUAGAAUGUUCCAACAAUAGUAACAAAGAUGACUAUUCGAGUUCCGAUUUUUCACGUAGUUACAGCAUGAGCAACAUUAAUGAAUUCAGCAAUUCAAGACACGAUGGCCAUUCGCCUAUCAAAAACGGUAUGCGCUGUUUCAAAAGACCAGAAUAUUUCAGAGGAAUUAAACGAAAGCGGCAUCUGGUCAGCCGGGUUGAUUCACUAACAUCUGACCCUGAUGGCAGCACGACCAGCACUGGUCUGACGCAGGAAAUUGACGUAAUGGACAUCGGGAGCAGCACGCCUAAGAAGCGAAAAGCCACAUCACCGAUUAAAGGUGUCCUGAAGGUGCGAUCUCUAUCGGACGACGAAAUGCCAGUAAAUGUGAAUUUAGGGAAUGUUAUGUUCUCGACGCCGGUUUCUUCCCAAAAGAUACGCCGGGAAGCCGGCCCGCUGGAAAAACUGAAAAGUACCCGGUUUGCGCUGCCGUCGUCGGUUGAUAAGUCUCAUAAGGCGCAGGCAUUCCUAAAAAUCACUGAUGAAUCCGUCAUGUCUCCAAUUUGCACUGGAAUCUCCCUCUCGACCAAUGUAGAAGACACACCUAAAACCGUAAAGACACCAUACCGAACGCCGAAAUCGGUAAGACGAGCACCACUCGGUUCGGACGAACGGAUCCUAGGAACACCGGAUUAUCUCGCACCGGAGCUUCUUCUCCAACAAGGUCAUGGUCCGGCAGUAGAUUGGUGGUCACUGGGAGUAUGUUUGUACGAGUUUAUGACCGGUGUACCACCCUUCAACGACGAGACACCACAGAAAGUGUUCGAGAACAUUCUUAGUCGAAAUAUCGAGUGGCCUCAAGACGAGGAAUCACUCUCGAACGAGGCUGUUGAAACUAUCGAGCAACUGCUAGAGAUGGAUCCACUGAAAAGACCACAAGCUGACCACAUGAUGGUAAUGCCCUUUUUCGAAACGAUUGAGUGGGACAACCUGGAAGCGACCAGUCCGCCGUUUAUUCCGAAUCCGGAUGACCCACAGGAUACGGGCUACUUCGAGGCUCGCAAUGUGAUGCAGCAUUUGAAGCUGUCCAAUUUCGAUAUGGAAUCGUACUAG